AUUUCAUCCCUCCGACCAAAUCCAACAUGGCACCGUAGAGACGUUGUUAUUGUUCUUUCGCUUCUUCAGUCUCUGACCUCAAAACCAGGCAUAAACACCACCGAGCGGGUUCAUGCGGGCAUGAGAGGAACAUCUGGACAUAAUGCUGAGAUCCACCGGCUUCUUCCGAGGCAUUGACUGCCCGUUUUACGGUGAACCCAGCGAGGCUAGAGGAGGCAGGAAUGGGUGUAACAGACCGUACUGUCACUUCAGACACAGCCAGCAGAGACGCAGCUCCUACGGAGCUACCGCCGAGGUGAAGAAGCAGAGAGAGCUCCACAACGCUCACAAAGAACAAGGUUAUGAUCCCUUCAACCCCGAAGUCGUGAGGCCCCAGGAUCAGGAGAAUGGGGGGGACCUCAGCGGUGCUCUGGAUCUGGUCAACAAGGCCAUUGAGGAGGUCCAAGGAGAGGUGGAGAGGGAGAAGAGGAAGCUCUCUCGGAUUGGGGAUGAGCCGUACGAUCCCAGUGCGAUCCCAGUGAGCACAAAAUCUUCAAUGGAUGCUGUUAAAAGUAAAGCACCACCUUCACACAUGGCGUAUGACCCUGGGGAUUAUCAGAUGACAUCUGGAGGUUAUAAUCCCACCCCUGGCUGCAGCAAGUACACCUUGGAUUCAGACAGCCAGGGGAGUAAUAAUAACUCCAUGGAAUACGUUCCUACGUCAGUGAGAAAGCCUCCAUCUCGGACACGCACGCACCAACUCCCCUCUCCUCCCCGCAGUCCAAAGUACUCAAACAGCACAUCCUCCUCUAAGUGUAAAUACACCUUGGACAACUCAAAACCAUCAACAGAUAUGGAGUACGACCCGCUGUCCAACUACUCGGCAGGGAUCGCAGCGAAAAGGAAGAGGGACCGGGGUGCACAAGCUGUUAAGACAGAGCAGAGAAAGACGCACAAACUAUCAGACAUGUCAGACGAGGAGUGUUUUGUCACUGUGAAGAAACCACGGCAGCCGAGUGUAGACACAAAAAAGUACACUUUCUCUGACUCUGACGGCGAGAGCUCUGGGACGGAGUAUCGACCCACCUCGCUUAGCAAUAUCCAGCAGAGAAAAGGCAACAGUGGGUCACUUUGGGACGCUGUGGUGAAGGAGAGAAAAGAGAAAAAUGAAAGUAUCGUAAAUGCGCUGACACAGAGGAAUAAAGAGGACUUGGCAGGGGACUCAGACGUCCAGGAAGAUAUUAAACGAAAGGACAAUAUAGAGAAAAAUAAGGUGGCUAGUCGAACUAGUCACGAGAAAAGCGGCAAAUCUGAUAAAGUGCAUAAACUUGUAAAGGAAGCUAACAGAACGUCUGGUAGUAAGAGUAGUAGCAGCAGCAGUAAAGACAAAGGGUCAAUAAAGAACUCAAACCAGGACUCUGCAAAGAAGGAGAACAAGAGUCAUGGAAAAAGAGAUGAUAGGAAAAACACAGUUAAGGUUAAGACACCGGAUAAAGUUCAGAGGGAGGGCAGAGACGAAAAGAGAAGUGACGGUAAGAUCAAAGCUGUGGAAAAAUUAAAAACGGUCUCAAGCAAACGAGAUAAAGAUACGGAAAAUGGUGCAAGGGAAAGCAAGAAACCCAAGAUGUCAGAGAAGGAAAAGGAACACAGCAAGUAUAAGGAUCGCCAACACAAAAAUGGUAAACUUGAUAGCAGUAAAAGAGAAAAGGAUGCAAAGAAAAUGAGUAAAAGCAGUUCCAGUGGUGGGAGCAGUAGUAGUAGUAACAUUAAAGGGAGUUCUGCAAACAGUAAAGAUAAAGUGAAGCAAAACAUGAGCUCACCAAAUGGGAAAAAACUUGACCAGAAACGGCGACGUGUGAGUCUUAGCCACGCUGAUCUAUUUGGGGAUGAGAGCCCAGACGAGGUCGAACCAAUAGUGGAUGAUGAUGAUGACGAUGAAGAACCCGAAGAAGUGCUGGUGAGAAAAUCUGCUGAUGCUUUAAAGAGGGGACGUCUGUACAAGAGGAAAGCGUCAGAGCUGACUCCGUCUUCCUCUGACGAUGAGGGGGAUCGCGGUGUGGAGGGCAGCGGGGCGGGUAACAUCCAGAUCGACGAUGUUCCAUUUGACUUCUCUAGUUUCAAGGACGAUCUGGACUUCGACUCAGAUCCCAUGGAGGAGUGUUUGCGGAUCUUCAAUGAAUCCAAGGAUGUGAAGACGGAAGACAAGGGAAGGCAAGCGAAACAGCCCUCUAGGGAUUCAGAGGAGGAGAGAGGCACAGAGAGCACCACUCUCAUUCCGGGUCAAAAGAAGAGAGUCUCCCAUUUUGUUGCCAAAACGGACGCGCCUCCUACGCCCGUGGUGCUGCCGUACAAGAGACUCUCGGCCCAGGAGGUCUGCUUCAAGCGUAUGCAGAUGGCUCAGCAUCAAGCGGUUCAGAUUUCUGCUUCACGCAAAGCUUCCUCACAGAGCUCCGGCCCCGGCUUCUCUGGAGAGAGGAAGAGAAUAGCACACCGUCCCGGCCCACCGACAACAUCCUCCAAAACAAGUCCUGCAGAUGUUAAACCAGCUUCCGGUCGAGUGUUGUCCCCCAGCCAGACCCAUCAGACUGUCAGGGUCCAAACCACCGCUGGCAUCUUGCCCAAGACCUUGUCCACUCUCACGCAGAAGAGGGUGGCACACACACCCACCAUGAAGAGUAGUUCAAUGAAGCGCCCCAUCAUCCCCAUUGAUUUUGGGGCCAAAGUUCCCAACAACGUCCGCCAGCGCUACCUCAACACCUUCAUAGACGAAUGUGUCAAAUUUUGCCCAUCAAAUGAGGUUGCCUUCCAGAUGGCCCUUGACGAGGAGAAGCUGGUGUACGAGCGCAGCAGCAGUAAGAACAUCUACCUCAACGUAGCUGUCAACACUCUGAAGAAGCUCCGCAGCAAAAGCACCACCUCUCCACCGCCUGUCACCAAGGAUCCGGGGUUAGUUACUCACCGGAGGGCUCUGUCCCACGAAGAACUUCUCGGAGGUCGCCUCGCUGCCACAACCAGCUUCACUGUCAACAGGACGGGUAAACAGCAGGAGGAGAAACUCAUUGGAGCCACACUCUACAGGAAGCUGAAGCCGUACAUGAUGACGGAGGAGCAGCUUCAGGAGCACGGGUACCCGAGAACGAGCCCCGAGGCUGGCGGCAGAGCCAUCAUGUACAACCUCCCGGAGAAAAAGGCCAUCACAGACCCUUUCAACAAGAUCUGCUGUCGGUGUGGAGCGGAGUAUAAGAUCAAUGCCUAUGGCAGCUGUAUACGGAAAGAGGAAUGUAGCUUUCACUGGGGACGAUUGCGCCGACAUAAAGGCGCUGGAGGCUGGGAGACCAACUACAGCUGCUGUGCUGCGGCUGUCGGCGUUCCAGGUUGUCAAGUUUCCAAGCAACAUGUUCAGGACGGGCGUAAAGAGACAUUCGAAGGCUACGUCACAACGUUCAGUAAAGAUCUACCACCAGAUGGCAACGCAGGGGUAUUUGCUUUGGACUGUGAGAUGUGUUACACAAAGCAGGGCCUGGAGCUGACCAGAGUGACGGUCAUCGACUCUGAGUUGAAAGUCAUCUACGAUACAUUUGUCAAACCUGAAAGCAAAGUGGUCGAUUACAACACGCGAUUUUCCGGUGUGACGGAGGAGGACUUGGAGAGCGCCACCAUCACUCUGAGAGAUGUUCAGGCCGUGAUGCUCAAUAUGUUCAGUGCUGAAUCCAUCCUCAUAGGACACAGUCUGGAGAGCGACCUCCUCGCUCUGAAGGUAAUCCACAGUUCAGUCGUAGACACGGCCAUCGUGUUCCCUCACCGCAUCGGCUUGCCCUACAAACGUGCCUUGAGGAACCUGAUGGCCGAACACCUCAAACGCAUCAUCCAGGACAACGUGGAGGGCCACGACUCGAGCGAAGAUGCGUCCGCCUGCAUGGAGCUGAUGUUCUGGAAGAUCAAGGAGGAUGCAAAGCUCAAAAGAUGACCUCUGACCCCUCUGCUCCACUGUCCUCAGUUCAACUUCCUGCCCUCUCGUUGGUGUCAGGGAGACGGAGAAGUUCAGGAGGCCUGCACCUGCUCUCAGAGAGUUACGGUCAGAGUGUCGGCGGGGGGGAGGGAUGCGUCGGUAGAGUCGGGAGUCUGUCGUUGCUCCCCACUGUACUGAAGAGGAGAACUGCCUUCAAAGCAAUAGGAGCCCAGAUUAACAGUGUUUUCAUUUGCUUAUUGAUAUUUCAGUUAUAAAUAAUGUUAGUUAAAAUAUAUAUCUGUUUAUUUUGAGCAGUGUCUCUUUUAAGGCCUCAAACAAUUUAUGAAUAAACCCCUUUCUAUAGAAGAACUACCUAAAAUGUCGGGGCAUUGUCCGCUGAACGAUGAUGAUCAACAUCAUGCCAGGCUGUCUUCUGCCUAAAUUGCACUAUAGAAAUGCUCUCGUUGUAUAGGGCCCAAGUCUGAGUACCUCAUCUGUGUUACAAAAGCAUUCACUUCUAAUGAAUAACACGUUCUUAGUUACACUUAAGUGCAUUGAUGUCUUAGUCUGUCAAACAUUGCUAUGUAAAUGCACUUGUGUUUUUCACAUUGCGCCUCGUUUUCUCGUCACUGAUGCUCUGUUUAUCGAGUUCUUUGUGUUGGUGGGCUCUCAAACCUGACUAAUCCUAUAAUACUUGAUCAUAUAAAAGACCCUCAGCAGAAAAGUCUCUGCUUACUAUCUAUUAGGUAUAGUUGAUGGACUAUAUCACUGUAUUUUAUAGCUCAGACUGAAUAGUGAUACGAUAUCCACCAGUGUCUCUGUGUCAUGUGCACUGCAUGAACCCACAGGAAUCAUUGUGAUAGCAGGUAUGACAUAUUAUUCCUCCACACAGACAAAAUUUGGUUCAAUAUUGUUGAAUUAGGCCUGGGUUAUUAUUAAUUACAGACAACUAUCAUUUAGUGAGUACCCGCUAACCUGUACUGUUUAUGUUGAAAAUGACUGAAAAAAUACUCAAGUGCUGUAAAUACGCCACGUUUCCUUUUGUAUUUGUUCAUUUUUGGUUGUUUAUCUUUUUCUAUUAAAAGAUAUUAGUUAAAAGAA